UACAGGCAGUGAGGCUGUAGCUGUGAGCAAAAAAAUUCCUUUUGUGUUGACUUGAAUCAAGGCGUGAAAAGUGUGAAUUCUCAGAGAAAUGUGUGUUGGAGGGCAUCUUCAAAGCAUUUUGUUAACAGACUGACUGGCUAGAGGCCGAACAUCCUGAGUGCUCCAAACGGUUUUAUAUCAGCAGACUUGUCACCAUGGCAACAAAGCCUGUGGCCUGGCAGGAACAGGGUCCUGUCAACUCACUAGACGAGUGGGUCAAUGAGUCCCGAGCACAAGGUGAAGUCGGUGCAAUCAUAAGCCACAGCUCCCCUCUGCAAGACAAAAAGGCUCCCAGGGCAGAACCUGAAGAGGAUAUAGACGCCCUGGAGCCUGGAGCUCAAGACGAAACUCUGCCAGAGAACCAAACACUUUUAAGAACCGAAAUAGCUGAUGCAACCAAGUUGGAAAAUCAGGCAUUAACAAGAAUUAGUCUGUGCACCCCCAGGGAGACACGAGAGAUGGUGACAGAAUUAGGACAAGUUGCCCAACUAUCAGAAGCAUUACAGACUCAAGAGGAAUUGGAAGAGUCUGUUGAUCUAUGUGAUGCUUUCCCGCUUCCUCCUCCUGCCUUCUGUGAUUUAUCAACAGGAGAACUCUCUGACAAAGAGGAUUUUUCCAGUCUAGAGGAUGAGGAGGCUGAGUGGAUCAGUGAUGGUGAGAUAAUCUCAGACCCAGCAGACCUUAUAUCUCCUGAUAGCCAAAAUAGCCAAGAAUGGCCACAAACAGCUCCUCUCGCUGAGCCAUUUGAGGAGGAUGAGGAGGAGGAGGAGGAGGAAGAGGAGGAGGAGAGAGAGGUAGAUUCUAUAUCUGAGGAGAUGACAUACGAUAAUAUGACAACAGAAGAAAAUGUCACACAGCUGAACUUCUUAACAGAUGGUUUUGACAACAGUGAACCUGAAAACAAUAUGUCAGGGGCUGCAGCUGCUGGAAAAAAUUCAACUCAUCAUUUUCCCUCUGACAGAAACAACUCAGAUGUCUGCUCCCCCCCUUUUGCUGAUGAAAGUGAUGAAGAAGAGGAAGUGAGCAUUGAUAUUAUAGCUUGUCAACAGCAAUGGACAACACUAGAUAUCAGUAAGCCUUUCCAACCCUCAUGUUCUGCCAAUAUCUCAGUUUCUUCCGAACAAACGUCAACCCUGCCUGCAUUUCCCUCAGAAAAACAGCAGGAGGAGCUGUUGUCCCAGAGCCAAUGUGAACUUGCCCCCAGGAGAGAAAACCAGGAAGCUGCACAACAGGUGCUCGGCCAGGGCUCUCCACCUUUGUCGACCGUUGCCAUGGAGCUGUCCAAUCGGGGCGGGACAGCUUCUCAAGGCUCUGGUUGUGUUGUAGCUGUGAGAGAAAGGCAGAGCAGGGCGGGGGAAAGAACAGAAGGAGAAAACAAGCAAACAGGUGGAGAGGAAGGGCAGAAAGAGGGUGGACUUGAAAGGAACAAGGUAGUUAGGCAGCAACACAGUGGAGGACUGUUAACAUUUUCAACAGUCCGAACACAAGAGCUUAAGACAGAAAAAUACAGAUUUCUGCGUUCCAAACACACCAGGAUGGAGAGUGACUCGUGUGACGAUAGCCAGAGUGACAGUGGAGUUUCAGCGGACUUCUCCCCAUGCAGCACUUUGGAAGGCAACACCACCAUCUCUACAGGCACUCCAACUGCUGUACCCAAAGAGACUCCCAUUGAGAGGGAGAUUCGACGGGCUAUAGAGCGUGAACACAGCCUGAGAAGGUCCAGGGGGCUUCCAAAUCCACCCCCUUCACCAGAGUAUGUAGAGAUCCCUUUAAGGAAAACGGUUCUCUGCCAAGCUGUAACUGCUAAGUCUGGUAGGUGUCAAGGCAAAGACAGGCAGUUUGCAGGUAAAAAGAUGCAGCAUGAGAUCUUCGAGGAGGUCCAAAGAGAACAGGAUUUGGUCAAGCUCGGAAAGGUCCCAGGUUUCUAUGACAAAGGCACAGUACGGCAACUCAAAGAGAGGAAACAGCUUUUUGAGGCCUUUCAGAAACCCAAUGAUUCAAUGACUUUGUCUAUGUCAGUCAGAAGUAAAACUGAGUCCUGGUCUUCUGCCAGUGACAUUUCAACCCUGGUGAACCAGGAGGACAUGUCAUCGCAGGCAUCCACAAUAGAAGGCUUAUAUGCAGAGAGGAGUCCCACGCAGAGCCCAAACUCAGCGAAAGGAGGGAGUUCUACUUCUCUAACCCCCCGAGGACCAGGCUUCUCCAAUGGAACAGGCUGUCAGGUCAUCAUCCUAGAGAAUAACCUAAGCGUCCCAGCACAGAAGCUCUACCAUGCCAAACCAGAGGCUGAGCCCGUCACUGUAGUUGACUCUGGAAGACCUAAUAUCUUAUCAUCCAGGACAGGAGGACAUGGUGGGAACAAAGGAAGGGAGCAGGAAAAAGAGGAGGAAGAGGUGGAGGUGGAACCCAAGGAGAACCCCUUUUUCAAGCUGCGCACCUCAACAAAUUUAGUCAAAGUGGAGCAGGACAUCCGGGAGGCUCAAGAGAGGGAGAAGGAGCUUCACAAGCAGAGGAUCAGUCUUUACGGGGGCACAGAGGGUGCAAAAGAAGUGGGGGUAGGACGAGGAGGAGGAGGGGGAGGAAGGCUAGCCAGCAUAGAAGUAAAGAGUCCCACAUUGUCUUCUUCCUCACUGAAUGGACUGGUUGUACCUGGCUCAUCAUCCAGGGGAGUAACUGGACCCCCAGCAGCACGCCAGUCAGUUGGCAAGUUUGGCAUGUGGCCCCCAGCCCAGGCUGAAGAGGACAAGAUUAACCAGCCAGAGGUCCUUCACAGUCCCCGGACCCCCAGACACAAGAACCCUCUGGUGCAACUGUGGGAGGCAGGCCUGGUCAACGGCCACCAUGAGGAAGAUGACUGAGGGAGGAGAUGUUGACCGACCGAACUGAAGGAAGGAGGACUGGCUGAAAGACUGUGAGAUAAAAGGAGCGCAGUGUGAGGAAAGCGGGAACACACUAGAGGAGGGAGCUGUGAUAAAGAGGAAGAAAGAGAGAAUGUGAAGUGAGAAAGAGGUCAGGGAUUGAGGCUACAAAGGGGGUCAGGAGGAUUGGGAGCGAGGAAAAGGAUUGAUCGUGGACUGAAAACCCUGAAGAAUCCUUCAGCAAGGAGGAGAGUAAAAGGAGGAAGAGGGCCACCUAUUAGUGGAUAAGCACAUGGCUUGCUUCUGGUGCUGGAAAACUCUGAGACUAAUGAAUGUAAAAAGACAAAAAUGAUAAUAACACUGCACCAGAGAAAAGAAAAAUGUAAAUUUAGUAAGAAUGGGAUUUUUAAACCUUAAUGAACUUCAAUAGAAAAUAGAUUGAGUGGAAGAGUACCUGAUAGAAAAUGUGUCAUUGCCAGUUUUAUGCCUUCAUGAUGUCUUACACUGAGUUACUAUUUUAUUACACCUGUAUAAUCUAAGGCAAUCCCAUAUCAAAGCACUGCAAUAAAUCCUACCUUUGUAUAGCUAAGCCUGGUUCAGUUUUUAUUGACACUGUAUCAGAGAGUUGUUGAUUCAACUUUGUGGUCAUUUUAGAGGUUAUAGUUAGUGGUUAGGUUGUAUUUGAUGGCAUUAUUAUCAAACUUGUCUCUGAAAUGUUGUCCAUUUACAAAAAUGAAGAAACUUUAAGUUAGAAAUUCCUCUCAGCAUAAUGGAGUCCAGUUCAACACCAACACUCACUACAGUUGCUCAGCUUCACAAAGAGAAUUUAUCUCAGCGUUGUUGUAUGUGAUCAUGUUGCUGAGGUGUUCCUAAUAAACUGGUAACUCAGUGUAUAGGCAAGUGAUCUGAAUUAUUGCCCUAGUCUUAAUCCACGAAUAGCUAAUUCUUUUGUUAUUUUCAUGCAUCACUACUGAAAGCUGGAUUUUAUUUCUUAAAUAAGUGCAUAGUUGAUCUGGAUUUCAAAGCUGAAUGAUGCUGCUAUAAAAUACACACCCAAAUCUUUAAUAAUAGCUGCUCUGUUGUUAAAUAUCUUUCAAAUGAUGCAGUUGGUAUUGUAUUUUGGAAUGAAACUUGAUACACACAAUUAAGGUUGUCUCCUUUAUUCUCUUUUUGAACCUGACUGAGGCAGACAUAAAACACAAUUCUGUGACACUACUGUCAGGGAAAUUCUUCUAUAAUCUGGAGAGUUGCUAGUUCUCUGAAGAAUUACAAACCCAGUGUGAUGAAUCAAAUUCCUUUACUCAUGCAGCAGGGAGGGAAGAC